AUGGGGAUGCAGGGAGGUGGCCGUAGAAAGAUGGCAGCGGUCGGAGGCAUGGAGGGGUGGUGCGUGGUCGCUGUUCUUGCGCGGCUCCCUUGCUCGGUGUGGCUGCUGACCGCCGCCGCGCUCACCGCCGUCAAAGUAUCAGCAGUAGAGGUCAACACACCAGAAGAGAUAUUUGUGGAAAAUGGGACAGACGCAAAGCUUCCGUGCACAUUUACAUCUGUGGAAGUGAUCAGCAGUGCAGCAUCUGUUUCUUGGAGUUUUCAACCAGAGGGAGCAGCAACUCGUAUCUCGUUUUUCUAUUACUUAAAUGGGAAGCCAUAUCCUGGAAAGGACAUACCAUUUAAAGACAGGAUCACAUGGGCUGGCGAUCUUAACAAGAAAGAUGCUUCUAUCAGUAUAUCAAACAUGCAGUUCCGGGACAACGGCACUUAUAUUUGUGAUGUCAAGAACCCACCUGACAUUGUUGUCAAACCAGGAGAAAUCCGAGUUAGAGUUGUGGAGAAAGACAGCCUGCCUGCGUUUCCCAUUGCCAUGGUGGCAGGAAUAGUCAUCGGUACGGUUACAGGUCUCUCACCGCUCAUCUCUAUUGUCGUGUGUCUUGUCAUCAGAAAGAACAACUCUAAAAAACAGUACUCUGGCUGCAGUACAUCUGAGAGCUUGAUGUCACCGGUUAAGCAGGCUUCGCAGAAGUCGCCCUCUGACACGGAGGGUCUGGUAAACAGCGUGCCCACCAGAUCACACCAGGGCCCAGUCAUUUAUGCGCAGUUAGAUCACUCCGGAGGACAGCACAGCGACAAGAUUAACAAGUCAGAAUCUGUGAUCUAUGCUGAUAUUCGGAAGAACUGAUAUGAGAUCCUAAGCUAUCCAAAGGAAAACACACAUUCAGACUGGAAUUGCUUGAACAAGAUUUGACCCAGAGAACUCACAUGUGGCCUUUGAUGCCUAGGCUAGGACCAAUGCAUGUGCAUACAGAGGGAAAGAUAUAUAUGUAUUGUGUGUAAAUAGCCUAUUUAAUCAUACAGAAGUGAGACCAAUGUUGCAUGUGAAAUGUGGUAAGAAUUUUGCUUACAAAUUGCCAAUAUUCUUUUUUGUAUCUAGUGUGAUGAGAGAGAAAGUGAGAACUCGCAUCACAAUUUUAAAAUAUUUUUAUCUUGAUUAUUAAUGGAAAAACUGGAAGAUGCCUGAAGAGUCUAGAUUAACCUGGAGAAUCUUUCCCUGCCCCCCCGUCCCCCUCCAAGGCCUAAUAGCUGAGGUGAAUAUAAAGAAAUCUUCUUUAUAUUCAGAGUUCUUUAUCUGUAUAGGGUAUUCAUCUUUUGUUGCUCAGAUUCUCAGUACAAGCUGUCUUCUUAAACUAGACACUAUUGCUUGGUUUUAUAAACCAUAUCUAGCUAUCAGAAAUGUAUGCCUUAGCAGUGUAAGUGAAGGAAAUGUUUAAGCCUACCUGACCUGUGUAACACAAGUCACAGAACCGUUUACUUCCAUAUUGAGCCCACCUAUUCAAGCUCAGUCCUUUAAGAUACAGGUAUAGUGUUGAUCUAAUGAAUUUUGUGAAAUGGUAGCUGACCUGUGAAAACUUACAAGCCUAGUGAGUUAAAGGAGUAGGAAGCUGUAGCUGUAGGUGGUUGCUUCAGACUAUUGAACCUUUCAGUGCUUCUUCCUCAAAGAUCUGUCACUUCAUAUGUGAAAAAGGGCUCCAAGGAAUCUGGAAGCUCUAGUACUCCCUUACGUUUCUCCCAUAGUUCCACUAUCACUUCCAUAGAGAUACUUUAUCUGUUCUUAAAAGCCUUGUAGUGAAGGCUGAAUGACCUCUGGAAGAAAUCUAGGGCUGCACUCUUUAAUCUUUUUAAUGUGUGUUUUUGUGUAACCUAUAUUUGCACAGAGGAUGCAGAGGGCAGUUUUAUUUUCUUCCUCUCUGCAGGUCAACAACUUGAAUAUAAUUUUCCAGCUUCUUGUUUCCAGAUUAAAUUCCUUGUAGAUUGCUAAGGAUUUCUAUCCUUUUGUGCUGAAGAGGAUCUUUCUUUAGCUGGCUCAUUUGUAUCCUGAAAUCUAAUGCUCAAAGCUAGAAGUGGCAUUUUGGCUGAGAUCUUACAGUAGCAUAUAGUAAAGGAUUUCUGUUUUGUGCAUCCUAAUGUGGUAUUGUUUCUUUUUGUAGCCGCAAAUAAUACUCAGUUUUGUCCACCAGAACCCUUUCUCUCUGAUUCAUUUCCUAGUUCAGUCCAUUUCAAAGGAUCAAUCACAGAAUGGUUGAGGUUGGAGUGGGUCUUUAGAGAUCACAUAAUUCAAACCCUUCCUCCUCAUGCAGGGUCAGCUAGAGCAGGUUGCUCAGCACUUUGCCCAGUUGGGUUUUGAGUCUCUCCACAGAUGGAAGAUUUGGGCAACCUGUAAAAAAGUGUGUUUCCUUGUGUUCAAGUGGAAUUCCCCCCUUUCCAUCCCUUUCCCCCCCUUUCCAUACCUGUUUCCCCCUUUUGUGUUUCCCCAUUUCUGUCUGUUGCCUUUUGCCCUACUGAGAAGAGUAGAACAUCAGGAAGAACUUCUUUACUGUAAGAGUGACAGAGCACUGGAACAGGUUGCCCAGGGGUAUUGUGGAGUCUCCUACAUUGGAGAUAUUCAAGGCCCACCUGCAUGAAUUCCUGUGUGAUGUACUCUAGGUUACCCUGCUCUUACAGGGGGGUUGGACUAGAUGAUCUUUCGAGGUCCCUUCCAGCCCCUGUGAUUCUGUGAUUCUGUACUCUUCAUUCCCUCCCGUCAAGUAUUUAAAGACACUGCUAAGAUCCCCAUAAAUCUUCUCUUCUUCAGGCUGAACAGUCCCAGCUCUCUCAGCUGAUUCAGAGGAAACUCCAGGAACAAACUUGCCAACAAAAUUUUCAAGCUGACAAGCAGGUAUUCUUUAUUGUGUUGCCAGGAGACAUGGGGGAUAGCUCUUCCUAAUGUGUGUUCCAGUAUUGCUAUACAAGCCAUCGUUAUAUAGUCCCUGGGCAUACAUACAUAUUUAUGAGGCUAUGUAUGGAUUACAUUAUUUUCCAGAAAGUUCCCCACAUGUGUACAAAAAUGUGGUGGUGGUCUCUGAGGGUCGUUUAC